AUGAGGCCAGUAGCAAAGCCUAUAGUCCCAGCUGCCGAUCUCCUGUCAUUUACUCAAUAUCUGAGAGGAUGUAGGAGAAUUGUGGCUCUCCUUGGUGCUGGUAUCUCAGCAUCUUCUGGCUUGCCCACAUUUCGCGGUGCCGGCGGGCUGUGGCGCUCGCAUGAUGCCACCUCGCUCGCAACCCCUGAAGCUUUUGGGGAAGAUCCCGGACUGGUAUGGCAAUUCUACAGCUAUCGGCGACAUAUGGCUCUCCAGGCCGAACCAAACAAAGCCCACUACGCGUUAGCGGAGUUGGCACGAAGAAAUGAGAAUUUUAUCACAUUAAGUCAAAAUGUCGAUGGGCUCUCGCAGCGGGCCAAUCAUCCUUCCAAGCAAUUGCAUCUACUUCACGGGUCCCUUUUCGAUAUCAAAUGCACCAAUUUCUACUGUGACUACACCCGUUCAAAUGAUUUCACAGACCCUAUCGUUCCAGCCCUGGAUAUUCCAAGGAGAAUCGCCGAUCUCAAACCCUCGUCGACAGACAAAACUGGCGAAGAAGCUGCCAAAACCCUCGGGCAGGCUAUUGGUACCGACAACGAGCUCGAUAUCUCGGAUUCUAAUGUUCCCAUUCCAGAUAUCAAAGAAGAAGACUUGCCACAAUGUCCGAAAUGCAAGGAGGGCCUACUCAGACCCGGGGUUGUAUGGUUCGGCGAAGCCUUGCCAGAGAAAACCAUGACUGCCGUGGAGAAUUGGAUUGCAGAAGGUCCGGUCGAUCUAUGCCUAGUGAUUGGUACCAGUGCCAAGGUUUACCCGGCUGCUGGAUAUGUUGCAAAGGCUCGUGAACAUGGCGCUCUGGUUGCGGUGUGCAAUAUGGACCCCAAUGAUAAGCCGGGCAAACUCCACGACGGCGACUGGUUUUUUACUGGGGACGCCGGCCUUGUUGUUCCCGAGAUAUUGAAGAGUGUCAUCGGUGAAAUAUGA